AUGGCGUCAGGUUUUGACAAGCUGUUGGAAUUUCUGCUGUCAGAAAUUGCACUUCGCGGCAUUCAAGGUGCUACUAGCGCAGACUUCCGUCACUUCGUAGAGACUUUCUACAAACAAGGCGUCGAUAACGGCGGACCCAAGUCUGAUGAUGGAGACAGCCGUCUUCCGUCGGUUGGACCUGGCCGCACGUUCUAUGAGCGUCUGUGGCAUUGGCUCACUGAUCAUCCUGAUAUCCGCAUAGUCUACCAACAGGAAGUUCGUCAAUACACUCUCUCAGAGUUCGAGGCGGCCGAGCUACACGAGACUGGUACCAUCGGCGAGACACCCGCAACAGGUUCACUUCAAACUUCCGAUAAUCCCAUCAAAGCAGUAGAGCAGCCUUCCAAAUCUCUCUUUGCUUUGCGGGACUCUCUGCGCCAACACAUCCUCGGAGAUCAACAUGACCCGCAAGACCUCUCCACUCGGUCGUCCGAAACUCCCACCCAUCCAAAAUUGUCACGACCGCGACGUAACCUGCCAGAUGGACCGCAUCGUACCACAGCAGUCUUUGACGAUCCCAGCCCUGACAUCACUGCCCCUCGUUUGUAUGCGAGUCAGAGCAGGGUAUGGCAGGCGUUGACAGGCCACGGUAUCGACUUGAAGAAGGUCCCCGCCAUGGAGUUUGUCUUGCUCUCUCUCAUUGCUGCCCGCGGAUCGGCAGGCAUCACACAGCCUGAACUGAUCAACGUCAGUGGCCAGGAUAAGAGGUCUGUUCCGCAUAGGACGGAUGAGUUAGCUCGCAAGAACUACAUCAGCAAGAUUUCUGUACAAUCCAACAAGAUGCGCACCAGCCUCUGUAUUCACAACAAAUUCGUCUCUCAGAACACCUUCAUCGAGUCUAGUGCCGUUGAGGACGUGUAUCAGGAGGACGGUACGUUUGUGGUCCGGAACUUUGCUCAACUCCUGUACAACAAAGUCGGCCAAGGUGGCAUCGUUCCCACGCGAUCUAUCAGGGAGAAGCUGGGUGUCCCAAUGUCAUCCUGGAACAAGCGCGCCACCCAGGGUGCAAUUAUCCGACUGGAUCAAACAGGAAUGAUCAAGCGACGUAGAGUUCGUAAGAAGAAGUCUGCCGACGCUUGGAUCACAUGCAUUCAGGUCAUGCGCGCGCCACAGGACGAAGACGUCAGGAACCUUGGUUUCCGUCGAACAGCUCCUAUCACGACGGAUGCGAAGGGCGAGCUACGCGAUGAGGAUAUCGAUGGCGACUCGUUGUUGAACGAUCUCAAUGACGACAUGCCAGACGAUCCAGAUGCCAAUGUCAGCGACCGAGCUAAUGCUCAGCCUGCUCCUGAUCAAGCUGUCAGCAUUCCCCCGCAAUGGACGCCUGACCGCUUUCUUCCGAACAUGAUCUUCAAUGCUGCUGCACUGGCUGGUGCGCAGGGUUGGGACGCUGAGGUUUUACGCAACCGGAUUGUCGGGCCCUUUUGGAGACGGCCCAUUGAAUCGUAUUUCACCCGUGUGACCAAUGACUGGGAGAAGACACAGCCUUUCCAUCUGCGGCAUUUGGCUGUCAUACGAGAUGCUGGUAAUACCAAAGCCAAGAAGUUCGUUCACUACCUCUAUCGCACGUACGAGAAUUUCCAGAAAGCCGUCGAUGACGAAAUCGCUGUCUGGGAAGGUGUUUCGGUGCCAGGAAAAUCUGCGAAGAGCUCUGCGAGCGAGGUGUCACUCAACGCGUGGGGUUUCCCAGCCGUCAGCGCCAAAGACUUAGUUCGAAAGACUGGUGCAGCAACACUAUCUGAAGCUGGUCUGGCCAUUGUGAAACCUCGCAAGAACGGCCCGCGUUGGGAUAACGGUGUCGCAGAGCAGAUCGGCUAUCAGAAGCACUCGAGUUCAAUGCUGAAACCUACAACAUCGGAUACAGCAGGUCGGUCCAAGAAACAGAAAGCCGUCAAAGUCAAGCCCGCCAGGGUACCGAAGGCUGCUAAAGCUUCUAAGACGCCUUCAACCAUCUCGCUCACUCCCGAACAGAAGACCAAGCUGGGACUGCAUCGCCAUGCUCGCCUAAGCAGACAUGUUCAAAACCAAAUUCUUGCUCAUCGCGAAAAGACUGGUGAUCCGUCAGCAAUACCCGACAGCAUUGAGCACGGUUCGGCAAAACGUCCACUAGCUCAGCCGUUAAUGACAGCAGAAGAGCGGAUAGCGAAGGGCAUAGCACCAAAAGGGCGCAUGCCAAUGGGCGUGGAGAACGCAAUUCGAGAGGAACGCGGUUUGCCUGUGGUGGUGAAGAAGGUGAAGAAACGGACGACGAAGUCGGCAACCGAGCCUACAGUCCUCAGCAACAAGCAAAGGAUAGCUAUGGGUUGGUCGUGUCAGGGUCGGAUACCAGACGAUAUCAUUGAUGGUCUACGCCAGGAGCGCAAGGACGGCAUUCCUUUGGAAAACUCGAAGAUCAUUGCUAUUUGGGACGCCGAGAUGAAGGACAGGGCGAGGAGAAAGAAGGAAGAGGGCGCAGGAUCCACCAAAAAGCAAGCCUCACCCUGCAGGGACAAAGAUAUCGACAUCUCUAUGGAGAACCCCGAGGCUGACUAUGUGCCUGGACCUACUCUCACGGAGCCGGAGACUGGUCAUGUCUCGCCCGAGCCCGUUACCGGAAAGCGGAAGGCGAAGGACGUGGUCGCUACCCCAAGAACGUCGAAGAGACGCCUCACCAAAACUACAGUUUCACAGAGGUCAGAAUCAAGGACUGUGGCAUCGAUGUCGCCCUCGCCCACUGAUGUUGGAAGUCCGCCCGGAAACGCAGCUUCCCCUGUCCGUCCUGAUGAUCAUUCGAGCCAGUCAACUACAGUACACAUUGCCCGGCCUUUGACGAGAACAUACGUUCCGCUCGACGCCUCCAAACUGGACUCUCGAGCACGGGGUGUGGUUGAUCAAUACGACAAGCGAUGCUCCCCGGGUCUGUUUCUCAACCCUCAUAUGAAGCAGAAGGUUGCGCGAGGUCGACCACGCAAGGCCUUGAUGGCCACCUUCAAGCUACCGCAUCUAGCCGAUCUCGACUGGUUUAUAACAGAAUCGGAGCAGGAGCAAGACGCAAUUCAAGCUGAAUGUUCUCAAACACCCCAGUCUAUGCAGACCAGUGUUACCCAGCGAGAUGGAGCGACGACUCAACCACCACAAGGCACUCUGGCCGAAACUAUAUCAGAACCGCAUAUUGAGGCGCCACUCGCUCAUCUGGAGACCAUCCCGCAAAACUUGACCCCGGCUCAAACACGGUCACCCUCUCCAAUGCAACCGCAGUCACCGAUCGAGAUACAGACGCAAAAGGAUGUUCUGAGCCAUGGGGAGUCAUCUGUCUCCGCUAGACAGUCGGUCGUACUUGAUAGCGAGCCGUCACAAGACAGCAAUGAAGUCAACAAAGAAGAAGCGACAUCUUCUGUACCAGACGCAAUGGUCAUUAGAAGCAACGACGUUGUCCCCGCUAUAACUACAGGCUCCGCCAAUGUUGAAGAGCCUAGCGAUGUUUCACCCAAGCCGGCACGGAAACAACUGCCCCAGACAAUCGUACCAACACCUCGCAUGGUGGGCGGCUGGGCCGCCAUCAAUGCAACCGAGCGCGCCCUUAUGACACCGUAUCAGAGCCCUUAUGCCGCCAGUCCAAGUCCGGUAGCCCAGUCGUCGCCAGCUCCCGUUCCCGAGGCCAAUUCUGGUGCUCCUCCGCCUAAUGCGGUUCACAGCGCUAUCGUCGAGACCCCAGUACCGACUAUCCCGGGCACCAAACCAAGGAAAGCACAACGUGGUGGCAUUGCAGGAACCCAACGCACGUUGCGGCAGAACCUCAUUCUCGAGAUCAUCAAGAUGUGCGGCGGUGUUUUUCCAGGCGGCGGUGAAAUGCCACGACCGUUUCUCACGCUUUGGGAAGAGCGGCACCCGAACAUCCCGAAGCCUUCUCCUAGCACUAUCACCGAGACGCUCAGGAACAUGUCUGUAGACCCGAAGUUCGGAUUGAAACAUUGGAAUUUUGCCUCGCAACACCAGAACAUGCCAGGGACUGCCGUUCGCAGGAUGUAUACAUGGGCACAUCUGAACGAAAGGAGCCCGGAAGUCCUCAAGUUGGCGCAUAACAUGGCUCAAUAUUCCCAAGUCAAAGAUUACAAUGCCCGUAGGUCAGAGAAAUCACUCCUGUAUUACCCAAAGGAGAUUCGUGAUCUGAUUGGCGAGGUCGUGUCGCACCAACCGAUUGAGCCCGCUCCCAAGGACGAGAGCAUUAUCCUCAACCAAUUGAAUCCUGAACUCGAGAGGCAGAUUACUGAAGCUAAGCUUCGAAAGCGUAGCGUGUGGUCGAAGCAGAAGAGGCUAGAAGCCAAAGCCCGCAAGGCUCAGAACGCUCAAGUAGAACAAGCGUCUUCUAAACAGCUCGCGGACGGCAGCGGCGCACCGCGCACGAAGCGGGCACGACUGGCUAGUUUGAACGACAAGAGCAAGAAGUUGCGUCGGGCUCCUUUGUAUACCGCCAACAUGGGAGCUUUCGACGAAGACUCCGACGAUAUGGCAGAUGAUGAAGUUGCUGCUGUUACGGCCGCGAAGUCCGGGCCGAUAACGCUCAUUUGGACGCGUCCCAUCGUUGCACCCGUUCCGGAACGUGAGCACCAGUCUGAUGAGGAGCCGCCUGAAGACGAUGAGAGCGAUGAAGAAAUGCCUGAUUUGGUCACGCAACAGGCGCCCAGCAAUGCUGUCAGUGAGCGCGACCUACCGCCCGUGGAACCGCCCGUCGUAGAGGAUUCUACUGGAGGGGUGACAGCGGACGAACCUGAUUCCACUGGAGCUGUGGCUUCUAGUGAGCAGGCUACAGACGGACCUGCUAAUGUGAAGAAGAGCAAGAAGCGUGUCCGGAUCGCAGCUCCACGCGACCAGUCCUCGAGGAAGAGGGUUCGGAUUUCUCUAGCAACAUCUACGACUGCGCCAGAUGUAGCAACCACCGUCCACUCCAGCACAGAUGGUGAAGCGCAGUCCGGCUCGGAGGACGAAGAUGAGCCAGAAGACAACAACGAUACUUUGCCGUUCAACACGAAGAAGCCAAGGAUAAGGAACUUCGGUGGACGGCAGCGAGGCAGGCCAGGUCCUACCCCCACUCUGCUGGAACGCCUUACUGGUCUGACAGGCGAUCCGAACGAUCCGAUCUACCAACCUCCUCAGCGUGCACCUAGACCUGGAAGAGCAGUGCAGACAUGGCGCGAGCGUAAGAGGACACGUAUCAACAAGUUCAAGGAGGAACGACAGUAUGCCCGGGCUGCUGACACGCUGGACGACUUCAAAAAGCUUUUCUACACCUUCGUUGUCGUCUCUUCGCUAUCUGGGAAUGAUCGGCAGAUUGAUUGGUGCCUUUUCAAGAACGUACAUACUAGCGACAGGUUCUUCGACGUGACCAAGGCCAAGAAGCUUUGGAGCUGGAUGCAGAUGCACAUGGCUGAGCAAAUCCGUGAGCUCACCACAACAUUCCAGUCACUUUACUUGGAAGCGUAUGAGGCCGGCAAAGUUGCUUCUAUCGAGAGUCCAGAGACACACGAUUGGGCAGGCCUCAUACAAUGGGCUAUGCGUAAGUGUGCCUAUCCCGAUCUUCCUCUUCCCGUCUUGAGGCAAGCACUGCAACAGUUCGAUGUCGAUGAGUCAAACUACGAGAUUAUGGAUCGGGUAUUGUGGUACAAAGCUGCAACUGCAGAUCGGACGAGGACAAUGCUUCAACUGCAACAGUCUUUCACCGCUCCUCUCCAUCGAUCGCGAAAGGCAACCUGGUCCUCCGACGACAAGCUUCUCAAGGCACGGUCAUGGAUCCGUGCAAACACGGCUACCCCACAAGCACUCUACAACGCAAACUUGGCUCACGAAAAGUUCAAGGAUCUCGGCGAGGCUGUACUUGUCAACGUCGUAGGUGAUCUCGUGGACAAGCAGCAUAUCAGGAUGCGCAAGCUCAAGCGUCUCUUGCCCGGCCGUAACUACAACUUUACGCAAGCUCUAGCGAAGAAGUAUACACGCCUGUUCCAGCUCGACGACUUCAUGAACGCCGUGGCAAUUAAGAAAAAGAUGGAUGCUGCGUUUGCCGACGAGGAUGCAGGGUUCUACAAUAUGUCGCGUUGCGAAGACGACGGUGCCUUUGCGGCUAUUAUGACUAUGGUGAACGAGGGUAUCGUCAAGCUUGUACCUCAGCUACCGCCAGUCAACAGCGACUUCGACGCCGCACUUCCGAAACUAUCCAAGUGGGGUUUCUGCGAAGGCGGUUAUAACCACCGCGCGAUUGACCGUGCUCGGUUGUUCUGGGAUAUCCACGUUGUGCCGACAGAAAGCUAUAAGUUCGGCAACCCACUACAGCCGUUGACGACACCACCGUCACCCAUGAAUGAUGCCGAACCCACAGUUUGGUCAGCCUUGCCUGAGCCGCCUCUGCCUGGCAAAAACGAUUCUGGCGCGCUACUACCCAUUUGGAGCAGUAUCGACGGCCAAUCCGUGACGUGGCCGUGGUGGUACCGGGUCUUGAACUUGGUGCUACAACCUUUGAUCUUCUUGGCUGGUGCGACUGCUACCGACAUCCACUCUCAUUGUCCUGAACAUACUACCGAGCUCUUCGAGGUUGGACAUGUUCUAGACUGGCUCCAGUCCGUCAAUGCAGUCAAAAAGACGAUUGGUGGCGGCUACAUUACCCUACCAGGUUUCUGGGCUGCAUUUGGCGACCAUCUGCGCGACACGGAAGGUGACUGGUUUGGCGAGCAUGUCAAGCGCAAGGCGAAGAACCACGAGAAGCAGCGAUGGCGCGUCGAUUACAACUUGAGGCUCUCGACACUACAGGCGCGCAAGGCCGUAGGUACUGACGCGACUCCUGUUGAUGAAGAAGGCGCUGCGAGUGUUCAAGACGUCGGCCCUCUGGAGACGAGUACUAGUCGCGAGAUCCUCAAGAACCCGAAACAACAGUACCGGAUCAUGCACCGCGCCCUGAACUCUGAAAAGUCUCAUGCAGAGGAGAACGGAUCGGAUUCUAGACCCGCUUCCCGCUCUGCGACCCCACGAAUUGGGCAAGAGCCCGCUGCAGACCCGGCGGCAAGCGCCACACACACUCCCGCGGCAAUCAACAUGCCAAGUGAGGACGUGGAGAUGGUGGAUGCUGACGUGGACGCCGAAGGAGAGGAGGACAUCGACGCUGAAGGAGAGAUUGAUGACGACAUGUAUUGA